AUCAGUCUCUAGUCUCACUGCACCCCUCCUUCAGACACACAUAGCAAAAGAGUGAGUGAGUAAGAGGGUGAGUGAGUAAGAGAGAAUAAUAAUGGGUAAGUUUAGCAUUGCAUUUUUGGCAACACUACUACUGGUGCACUCUGCCUUUGCAGCAAGAACUGCACCAGUAGUACAAAACACUACUAAAAACACAAAUGUAGUGGACACCACUAAGAAAGGUGUUGCACCAACUACUGAUAAGAAGAAUUUCGUCUCAUUUGGCGGCAUCGGAGGCGGUGUGGGUGGUGUUGCUGGAGUCGUUGGACCUAUUGGUGGUCUCGGUGGAGGACUAGGUGGAUUAGGCGGGGCAGGAGGACUAGGAGGACUAGGCGGGGCAGGUGGACUAGGCGGACUAGGCGGGGCAGGUGGACUAGGCGGACUAGGCGGGGCAGGUGGACUAGGAGGAUUGGGGGGAGCGGGUGCUGGAGGACUAGGUGGUGCUGGAGGAGGACUCGGUGGUUUAGGCGGUGGUGCUGGUGGGUUGGGAGGUUUAGGAGGACUUGGCGGUGCAGGUGCCGGUGCUGGAGCUGGUGGUGGGACUGGUUGUGUUGGUGGUCUUCCUUAAGAUCAUUGAUCAUCAUUUAACUAUUUCUAUUAAUAUAGCCUAUAAUUAUACUCCUAUGUAGUUUGUAUUAUUUGCAUGGUUAUGGUUUAUGUAGUAUUUUGUUGAUUUUAUGUUAUUUUUGUAAUAUAUGCAUGCAUGCAUAUGAGAGUUAGGUUGUAAUAGGUAUAUCUUACUCUCUUGUGUAUGUUGGAUUUAUGAGAAUUAUUGGUGUGUAAGUUUGCUUUUA